CGGGAGGGUCCGCCGGAAAGGGCCGUUGGGGCUGGGCGGCGUUGGGGGAUCGUCAGGAUGUCUCAUGUGCAUUGUCAUUCGCAUGCCAUUGUGGGCCAGGUGUACAAGUCGGUGGUGAACGACACAAUCGCAGCCGUGCGCAGUUACUUCCUGGACGAGGGCGUCGACGAGCAGGUGCUUCAGGAUCUGAAGCAGCUGUGGGAAUCGAAGCUGAACCAGAGCCGCGCCGUCGACCUCAAAGAGACAGAGGCCUCCAGUCAGCAAGCCAGUAAAGCGCAGCGGAAUGCGGGCACGGCACAGCGCAGCGCGCCGACCGGGACGGUGCCGGCAGCCCCCAGCGGCGGCGCCAGCGGCGGCGUCACCACCGUGCAGCCGCAGUCGCUGGUGCCGAUCCAGAUUACCAUCCCGCCUCAGACGCCUGGUGGACAGAGCAAGACCAUCGUGGUCCAGGUGCCCGUGUCCGCCGUACAGUCGGGCCUAGCCGGCCAGCACCUGCAGACCAUCCUGAGCUCGGCGGCGGCGCAGGCCACGUUCGCGCUGCCGCCCGACAUCGCCAGCAACAUGCUGCAGCAGCAGCUUAACGACGCACUCCGGCAGUCGGCUGUCCGCCAGGUGGCAGCCGCGCCAGGUGGAGGUGGGUUAGCUAUUGGCGCUGCCAUUGUGAGCGUUGCUGGCGGCUGCCCCGACAGUCAUGUGGGUGGCCGCCGUGACCGCGCGCUCCUGAUUUCGGCGGAUGAGCGCUCGGGGUGCCGUGUAUUCGGGCUGCUGAUGGUGUGUCCGCGUCCGGCAGGCGGCGUGCAAUACGGCGGUGGCGUGGCCCCGGCACCGCGGCCACUAGGUCAGCUGGACGGCGCCAGCGACCGGUGUCCGCUGGAGGCCGCCGCCAGCCCGCCGCCUGACGCGGCCCGGCAGCGUGCUGACCGACGGCUGGCGCGUCGGCUCGGCCUCCGGCCAGUCCAGCUGGACGGUCUCGGCGACUCGUCCGACAGCGACGACGACGAUGAUGUGGACGACGGGGAUGACGACGUUGACGAUGAUGACGACACAGUCAACGACGAGGAUGAGGAGGAUCAGGGGCAGGAGGAGGAGCCGCUCAACUCGGAGGACGACGUGAGCGACCACGAGCCGGCCGACCUGCAGGAGACCUUCAACGUCAUGGUUUGCCAGUAUGACAAGAUCACGCGUAGCAGAAAUAAGUGGAAAUUUCAUCUGAAGGACGGCAUCAUGAAUUUAGAUGGUAAGGACUACAUAUUCCAAAAGGCCGGUGGGGAUGCAGAGUGGUGAGAUGGCCGGUGACGUCAUAGUGAACAGGGAUGACGUCACGCCCGGCCAGCUAGUGCUGGCUCUUGAGCUCUGGCUGUUGAGAUGCGCGCAGCCCGUCCGCACGGAGUUGCGGUGUCAACUGGUGACGCUUGUGUUAGCCAUUAGGUCACGUGAUGCGUGCUGGGUGCGUGAGGCGUCGCCGCAUGAGGCGCAUGCCGAUGGUUCAGGCGUCACUUCCCACCGGCGGCCGUGUUUGAGCACGUCUGGUCACCGUGGGCCGGCCGUGCGCGCCGUCGCCGUCAUGGCAUUGUGGGCAGUGUGUGGGUGUGUAUGUGUGGACCUUCCGGCGCCAGGGAGCGGGCUCGUGUCCUCGGCCCUCGCCUUCUGUUGGCCGCAUACCCGCGCGUCAUGCGCCAGCGGGCACCGGCGGCGCGCGCAGGUCGGGACUUGCCCGUUUCCACCCUGCCGGCGUCUUCCUGUGUUUGCGCUCAGCACCGGCGCACCCGCGCGAGCUUCCGCCACCAUGCUGACGGGUCGGCCUGACUGGCGUGUAGGCGGUGUUCGGUGGCGUUCACUGCAGUGUUCGGGUGUGCCGUGCCUUGUUGAGUGUGCUCGGUCGUCGCGGUGCCGGUGCGUGGGGAAGCAGUGGGGUCGGCCGCCGUCUCCCGCCGGCUGCUGGCCAGGGGUGGGUGGGUUGGAGCUCGUGCCGGCACCGGGAGAUCAGUGCCCAGCACGAAGGUGUUGUCGCGUCCGUGUUCCACAUACAGCCGGCUGUACUUGA